AUGGCGAUACCGAACGACAAGCUGCAGGAUGUCUUGAAAGAGAUCGAGUCCAAAGCGCAAUUCUCAGCGCAACAGCUCCAGAUCGUCCGGGGGCAGAUAACAUCGAAACAACGAGAGAAACGGAUGCUGGAGCUGUCGCAGAAAGAGCUAUCUACGCUGCCAAAAGAAACGCCAGUGUAUGAUGGUGUUGGGAAGAUCAGCGACAGGUUCGAGCUCACAACUAUAGAGGACGUGAGAGACAAUCAAGGCAAGGAGGCAGUGGAUGUGGACAAGGAGAUGGAGAACCUGAACAAGAAGCUGCAUUAUCUGGACACAACGUACAAGAAUGCUACGCAGCAUCUCGAACAGAUCUUCAGCCGUGGGAGGGAGUGA